AUGUCGGAAGUCUCCUCCUUGUGGUGGACCGACGACAGGAUAGAGGCCACGCUUUGUCGCCAAUAUGUUCUCUCUCACCUGCAGCCCGAAUUCCAGACCCGGCUCUUUGCCCUCUUGCCCUGGGGCGAGGGCCUCACCAGCGAGUCUUACCUCGACUGGAUUCUGACCAGGGCCGGUAAACUCUUUCUCAUCCUGAAUGACAUCGGCAUUCCGCACCGUAUUUUCGACCUGGCUGAUGACUGUGUCGACGACUCGGAUCUUCCCUUUGCCGAGGCCCGCGUCGGGGACCUGAAUCUCGCCCGAGAGGGCUCCAACUCGUCGACCCUCAGAAACAAGUUCUUCCUCGCCCAGUGGCGCUUCCUCGUUCGGGGUAUCAACGACGGUGACCAUGUCAAGUAUACUGCGAAUGAAGGCGUCCCGGUCGAAAUCGUCAAGGGCAAUCUUGUGAGCUCGAACAAUAACAAAGACGGGGUGGAAAAGGUCGUGCUGUCAGGUGCUGUGUGCCGGGUCUAUCUACGGACGCAGGUUGAGAUCAAUGCAGCGCCGCACUUUUAUGAAGAGGACGAAGUGCUGGAAGAGAUUAGAUCGCUGCGAAAACUAGCCCACGAGCAUCUCUUUUCCAUCUACGGUUCGUACUUUGUCGAUGACAGCAUCAACGUCCUCUUCAAGGGCGACUACGACCGCACAUUGUCCAAUUUUCUGGUGGAUACGCCUCAGCCAUUCAAGCGUCUUGCCAAGCCUGAGCGCCGCGAGAUCUUGGUGAAUUGGCCGCAUUGCCUCGUCAGUGGUCUGGCUUGGCUUCAUGGCCAUGGACACGGCCACGGGGCGAUUCGGCCAUCCAAUGUCCUCGUCGACCACGACUAUCGAAUUUUCCUCGGCCAUUUCGAGGCCAUGGACACGCUGCUAGACCCGCCCAAGAUGAACGACAUCGAAGCCUACCAAUACGCAGCUCCUGAGCGAUGGAUCCGCACUACCGCUAUCCAGGAGGUCACCACAUCCAAGACCAGUCACCACUCUGGAGGCCGUACGCUCCGAAAGUCAGCCUCGACCUCGAAGCUGCGGCAGUCGUCCAAGAUCCGGUCUAGCUGGAUGACCGAAACCUCCCUUCCCUCGGUGUCGACCGAGUCUAAAGGAACGGUAAUCAGGGUUGGCUCUGGCGACUCGUCGACCUCAAACGGGUCCUCAUCAUCCUCAUCGCUCGGGUCUGGCCGUAGCGUUGGGGGUGGUGCCAGGCGAGGCUCAUAUUUCCGCACCAAACCUAUCCUCUACACCCCGUCCAUCACCUCGUCCAACUCGUCUGACUCGACUACCCGCCCACUCUCUUCCCCGCAGGAUGCCUCGACCAUCCCUUUUGUACCUCACAACUCGACUAUUGUGCGGACAUGGCAGUCGCAGCAAUCCAACAUCCAGUUCUCUGACAUCUUCUCUCUCGGCGCCAUAAUCGUUGACAUCCUCACUUUUCUUUGCGAGCGUAAGCUGUCGUCUUUUGCCAGCCACCGCGCAGCUAAAAACCGGACGCCCGGACGCGGCGGCGGCGUGGCUGAUGCUUCUUUCCACCUCGCACCCAAUCUGGGUCAGGUAUCAUCAUGGUUGAGCCUGCUAGAGCGCGAGGCCAAGAAGCGCAAGGGACUUGCCUUCCGCGCAGUGGAGCCGAUAAUCGAAGUCGUGCGUGAGAUGAUGGCCCGGAGUCCCGAGAGACGGCCGCUGGCGGGAUAUCUAGAAGGCGAAUUCGCGCGGACGAUCCAGCAGCUGGAGGGCAUCCUGGCUACGCACUGUAUAGCGAUCCCACUUCUAAAGCCCAAGAAAACUCCGCCCUCGACCUCAUCUGGUCGACCGCUCGACACACUGACUGAGAGCGAGACUAAUGACCACGAAGAAAAACAAAAGCAACCCAUCAGCAUCCCCCGAAGGACAAACGAAAAAUCAGCCCUGAAACUAUUAGACUUUGACUUUCCAACACCAAACACCAAAAUAAAAUACCCGUCCCUUGACUACAACACCACAAGCAGCAGUGAAAACAACUCCCCUUCGUCCGAAGAGUCCUACGAUCCCGACAUGAUGGUCUUGCACAAUUUGCUUGACAAGAAACUUGCCAGACAGCCUAAUUUCUUCGACGACGUCAACGCGAGUCUGCCGAGUCUGCCGCGAUAUGAGGCGUAG